AUGAAGCGUUUCUGCCGCGGUCUCAAAAAAUGCUUGCGACACUGCCGUUGCGGCAGUCUCUCCGAUGAAGAUGAUUCCGACGGCCUAGAACUUCCCGUAACUGAACCUGCACCUGAACAGGGAGUUCUACCUAAACUAGUUUACCCAAAGCACCUAGUACCCAAAGCCCCACCGCCGCCUAAAGACGCCGCAAAGCAAACUGAAGCCGCAAAGCCAACUCAAGCCCCAAAGCCAGCUUCGCCCAAGAAGGAGACUAAGCCUCAAGAGGAGGCCACCAGUGACAGGGAAGGUAACAGUAGCGAUGAGGAAUACCCCCCACUUCCGCCUUCAAGAGACGAUUCUCACACCGGUAUCACACCUGAACUGAGUGAUGUCGAUAUUAACGAUAACGAUGCCAGUGAUGUUGAAAUGCCAGAUGCCGAUCCCGCCGAAGGGUUAUUUCCCCCCAGUCGAAACCCAAGCCCGAUUCCACGAAAUAAUCCUACCAUAGAGCUCUUAUCAGAUGCACCUGUAAGUGAGUCCUCAUCCGGUGAUUACUUGUUCUUCGGUUCUGCGCGACCCCGCGCUCCCGAACCCGCGCCCAAGCCUCAGCAUCAAAGCGGACAAAGGAGCCAGCCCUUUUCUGAAAGCAGGAAGCGGGCGCACAUCGAGAAUAUUGCCGACUCGCCUCAGGAAUGGAGCGCAGCUUCUGAAUCUCUGGCUAGUUCUCCUCCUAAGCGCGCGCGUGCCAGUGCGGCGAGUUUGCAGACUGAAGCACAGCUACCUGCGGGACCACAACUAUCUCCUCCGAGGCUCCAACCCUCUACUCCUCCCCCAGAAAGAUCCGAUUCUGCUAGUUCAGACAUCGACGUGGAAGAGAGGUUGUAUCCCAAGCCUUCGGAGAGCACACUCAACACAUACCGAGAGAAAGGAGCUCAAUUAGCAGCUUGGUUAGAAGACCCAAACGAACCAAACUGCUAUGUUGCCCCCGCAACCCUAACUCUGCAUGACAUGAUCCACGCCCAGCCACCAAAUCGAUUCCAAGUCGGAGACAGUUAUCAUAGAAAUCUUGGCGACAAUAUGGACGGAGGCGACCCUGACUCCACGGGGCUCACUACUGAGGAUAACAAGUAUCGCUAUACAUCGCUUAGGAACCCAGUCACAGACCCAGCAGUCCUAGCAGAACAUGGAUUUAGAAGAAUGGAUAAUAGUUAUGCACACCUAAUUGGACCGGGUCUGAUUAUCGGUCAUUCCAUUUUUAGGUACGAUAACCUUCAGUGGAACAUAAUCGCCAGAGCUCUGUAUGUGAAUGACCAUCCUAUUGAGACAUUGAGGCAUAUUAUGUUUACCUGCGUUAUCAAUGAGGAGACAGGACCAUAUGUCAGGCGGAUACUCUAUGCCAGAUUUAACCGCGAGUUCGAGGCUGCGAUACAGGAGCCAUGCCUCAAAGUCGAACGUGGCACUCGUGAGUUUGAGGAACUCCUCGGCACAAAGCUAGGUAAAGCGGCUGCCAUUCUUCUCCUAUCAUCUCUCCCCAGAGGUACGAGACGUAUUUCUCGAGCGGUCGUUUGGAAUUCUUAUUUCAGAGUAGAGCUAAGAUUUGAGAUUGAGCCCAUCCCUGCUAAUCCAGAUGAUGAACCAGAAACUGCACAAGCAGAAGCUGCAUAG